AGCUGGCUGCAGCCACCAAAUUCAUCACGAAGCCUAAUAACUGUUUGAAUUACCCACAAGCGAAAUAUAAUAGGACAAUACGACGCCGAUCAAUUAAUCAUGCUGUCAGCUGGCGAAAGAGAGAGCGUCUCCCCUAUUCGUACCUUAUCCCAUCAAACGGUUUGAGCUGAAGAUCUCUGAUCUCUAAUCUCUGUUGUACUCAUCUUUUCCAAUUUUUUUCUCUCUCGUCACGUCAAAAACAAAACUAAAAACCUAAUAUUCUUUGGAAGUCCGGAAGAUCCAUCUGUUAGUACGAUAGUCCGUUUGUCAGAAGCCAACAUGCGCGCCUUCACCUACUUCGUUCUCUCUUUUGUCGGUACCGUCCACAGCCUCCCGGCAUUCCUCGCGGAGAGCAAGCGGAGUCUGAUCAACCUCAGCCCCGACGUUGACCUCGGGCUCAACCUCGAGAAUGACAAUUCAUGUCUCGGGAUAGGCAUAUCGGUGUGCGACCCUAUCACCGUUGAUUCCAAGACCAGUUCAACCACUGCGGACAACACAUCAAGCUCUAGCUCCUCUAAGACUAAGACGGAGUCUAAUACCAGCAGCGAUGACAAUUCGCUAAUCAACCUGAGCCCUACUAUCUCACCGGAUCUCAACCUAAGCAAUGAGAACAGUUGUUUGGGCAUUGGCAUUAGUGCCUGUGAUCCUAUCACUGUCGGAUCUGACGUCACCAAAACGGUUACCAAAACUGACGGUUCAUCUGAUGAGACGACCGAGACGGAGCAGUCCAGCUACCCUACUGCCAGCACCCAAAGCAAAAGCACUACUACCACCACUACCAGUAACAGCGGCAGCAGCAGCGGUGGUAGCCUUCUCAACCUCAGCCCAACCAUAUCCCCCGACCUCAACCUAGUCAACGAUAACAGUUGCACAGGGAUCGGCAUAUCGGCAUGCGACCCCAUCACCGUCGACUCCACUACCACCCAAAACGCAAGCUAAAUGGCUGCUUACCUCCUACUCUAUUAUGUAUUGGUGUUUUCAUUCAAAAGCAAAAAGCGAACACGUAUAUUAAAGUCGUUAUUGACAUACCCCGAAUCCGUUCAUGUAAAUAGCUUUAACAUAUAAUCUCGAUGCUUGGACUCUAAUAAUAUUUGGUACGGUCGCACAUCUAUCUCAUGAUCAUCUAUGUACUUAAUGUGUCGGAUAUACAUAACUACGGGGCAUUUAUAUAUUCUUCUUACAGGUGAUCCCAUCAUGGCAUGAACUGAAGUGAACCAUCGUGACCAGAAUUGAUGAACAUCAACACCAUCAAAACCUAUCUAAAUUUAUCGUAAAAUUUCAAAUAACAAUCGCAUUAUACAAACUGAUCAUCCCAACCCAUGUCUAUAAAAUUCCGGCAUACAGCGAUAAAGAUCUCACUUUGAAACGACGCACUAGCCCCCAAGCUAAUCCGUCCAGCUUCUAGUAAAUCCAAGGACCUUCCUUACAGCAUCAAUGUAAAUCAUUACGUCAAGAAACCUCGUCAAUUCAGCCCUCAUCAGAACCCAAAACCAACGACAACCGCACUGACUGCCCCCCGGAUUCCAUCUAGGUACACUUUACGCUGAUCCCCUGCAUAGUAUGACAACACACGUACCCCACGACAGCAUCACCCUCACCCUCCUCAAUCCAAGUUAUAAGAUGAAUAAUCGAUAGUUAUGCUAGUAUAUACUCAUAAGUAGUUAAAAAUUACUAAUUAUUAC